AUGUUCAAUGAAUAUUUUGUUUCCAUCUUCUCCUCUGACUCGGACGUCGCCUUUGAACAUGGUGAUCGUCUGCAUAACGUAGAGUUUGAGAAUAUCACAUUAUCGGAGGAAGAAGUGCUAGCUGUGAUAAUGAAUUUAGACCAUAAUAAAGCACAUGGCCCAGAUAAUAUUCCAGCCCGCCUACUGAAAGAGACAGCCGCGCAGAUUGCACCAUCUCUCUGUUCUCUUUUCAAAAAGUCUUUACGUAUUGGCGUUGUGCCUGACGAUUGGAAACUCGCUAACGUGGUCCCUGUUUACAAACACGGAGAAAAAGCGGAGGUAGAAAAUUACCGACCAAUUUCACUACUGUCCCUUAUAUCAAAAACCCUCGAACGUUGUGUAUUUAACAACAUCAAACAUCAUGCUUAUGAUCAGAUAAACCCUUGCCAAAACGGUUUUGUGCCGAAAAAAUCCUGCAUCACCCAACUCAUCAAAGUCCUUGAUCACAUUGGCCGUGACUUAGAUCGUGGUAAACAAAUUGACGUAAUUUAUUUAGACAUGUCAAAGGCCUUUGAUAAA